CUAUCAUCCUACUGUAGACAUAUAUCUACUAUCAUCCUACUGUAGGCUGUAUGUCUACUAUCAUCCUACUGUAGGCUGUAUAUCUACUAUCAUCCUACUGUAGGCUGUCUAUCUACUAUCAUCCUACUGUAGGCUGUAUAUCUACUAUCAUCCUACUGUAGGCCGUAUAUCUACUAUCAUCCUACUGUAGGCUGUAUAUCUACUAUCAUCCUACUGUAGACCAUCUAUCUACUAUCAUCCUACUGUAGGCUGUAUGUCUACUAUCAUCCUACUGUAGGCGUAUAUCUACUAUAAUCCUACUGUAGGCUGUAUAUCUACUAUCAUCCUACUGUAGACUGUAUAUCUACUAUCAUCCUACUGUAGGCUGUCUAUCUACUAUCAUCCUACUGUAGGCCGUAUAUCUACUAUCAUCCUACUGUAGGCUGUCUAUCUACUAUCAUCCUACUGUAGGCUGUAUAUCUACUAUCAUCCUACUGUAGACCAUAUAUCUAAUAUCAUCCUACUGUAGGCCGUAUAUCUACUAUCAUCCUACUGUAGACCAUCUAUCUACUAUCAUCCUACUGUAUGCUAUCAUGCCUAAAUUUGCUAAUCUUGCCAAUUAGCAUUAUGACAACUCAGUGACACAAUGGUAGGGAUUAACUGAGCUGAGCUCGGGUCAUUGAUAAGGCUUUGUCUCAACGCAGCCUUAUAAUGGUAGGGAUUAGCUGAGCUGAGCUCGGGUCAUUGAUAAGUCAUUGUCUCAACGGAGCCUUAUAAUGCUGUGAAAGGAUCCAGGAUGAUUUGUGUGGAUCCCAUCAUCCUUAUAAUACGAGCUUUGUUUCCUGAAGGUAUCAAAAUUGUCAGUAAAUGUUAUACCCACAGAGCUGCAUAGUCUCUUGACCAGUUAUGGAGGGAUAAAAGUCUGCUGAAACGUUCAAUGCCACGAUUUAGGGAGGGCAGAGGGCCAGACAUUAUGGCGUGUUUGUUGGUGUCGAGUAGAGACCCAAUCAGUUCUUUAAUAUCCAUCUUCUGCUGUUCUGAGCUGCACUUCAUCAUGUGAUUUGACCCCACAUGAACCAUGACACUAUCAGCCCCUUGUGACUGACUCACAGCCUCAGGAAGCAACCUGGUGAUAUCCUGAACUUUGACCCCACAUGAACCAUGACAGUAUCAGCCCCCAGGUGACUGACUCACAGCCUCAGGAAGCAACCUGGUGAUAUCCUGAACUUUGACCCCACAUGAACCAUGACAGUAUCAGCCCCCAGGUGACUGACUCACAGCCUCAGGAAGCAACCUGGUGAUAUCCUGAACUUUAACCCCACAUGAACCAUGACAGUAUCAGCCCCCAGGUGACUGACUCACAGCCUCAGGAAGCAACCUGGUGAUAUCCUGAACUUUGACCCCACAUGAACCAUGACACUAUCAGCCCCCAGGUGACUGACUCACAGCCUCAGGAAGCAACCUGGUGAUAUCCUGAACUUUGACCCCAAAUCAACCAUGACACUAUCAGCCCCCCCGGUGACUGACUCACAGCCUCAGGAAGCAGCCUGGUGAUAUCCUGAACUUUGACCCCACAUGAACCAUGACAGUAUCAGCCCCCAGGUGACUGACUCACAGCCUCAGGAAGCAACCUGGUGAUAUCCUGAACUUUGACCCCACAUGAACCAUGACAGUAUCAGCCCCCAGGUGACUGACUCACAGCCUCAGGAAGCAACCUGGUGAUAUCCUGAACUUUGACCCCACAUGAACCAUGACACUAUCAGCCCCCAGGUGACUGACUCACAGCCUCAGGAAGCAACCUGGUGAUAUCCUGAACUUUGACCCCAAAUCAACCAUGACACUAUCAGCCCCCCCGGUGACUGACUCACAGCCUCAGGAAGCAACCUGGUGAUAUCCUGAACUUUGACCCCACAUGAACCAUGACAGUAUCAGCCCCCAGGUGACUGACUCACAGCCUCAGGAAGCAACCUGGUGAUAUCCUGAACUUUGACCCCACAUGAACCAUGACAGUAUCAGCCCCCAGGUGACUGACUCACAGCCUCAGGAAGCAACCUGGUGAUAUCCUGAACUUUGACCCCAAAUCAACCAUGACACUAUCAGCCCCCCCGGUGACUGACUCACAGCCUCAGGAAGCAACCUGGUGAACCUGGUAACCUGAACUUUGACCCAGGACAACACAAAGUCUUUGCCCCAGGUACAGGUACCAUCGAACUCUAUAUCACAAUAGCCAUAAUGAUCCGUCCUCUGCCGUGUCUCAAAGCAGAUUGUGAGGCCAGAAACACAGAACUCACCUGAGAAGAGGGCUGUUGAGAUGCCGGCUGUGUGCAGGACACAACAGGCAAAGAGACAGAGCUCUGAUCCAGAGAGUGGUGGUUCAGCUCCUAUCCACAAGUCAACUGGUCAACUGGUCAGAACUCCUAUCCACAAGUCAACUGGUCAACUGGUCAGAACUCCUAUCCACAAGUCAACUGGUCAGAACUCCUACCCACAAGUCAACUGGUCAGAACUCCUACCCACAAGUCAACUGGUCAGAACUCCUAUCCACAAGUCAACUGGUCAGAACUCCUAUCCACAAGUCAACUGGUCAACUGGUCAGAACUCCUACCCACAAGUCAACUGGUCAGAACUCCUACCCACAAGUCAACUGGUCAGAACUCCUACCCACAAGUCAACUGGUCAGAACUCCUACCCACAAGUCAACUGGUCAGAACUCCUACCCACAAGUCAACUGGUCAGAACUCCUACCCACAAGUCAACUGGUCAGAACUCCUACCCACAAGUCAACUGGUCAGAACUCCUAUCCACAAGUCAACUGGUCAGAACUCCUAUCCACAAGUCAACUGGUCAACUGGUCAGAACUCCUACCCACAAGUCAACUGGUCAGAACUGCUACCCACAAGUCAACUGGUCAGAACUCCUACCCACAAGUCAACUGGUCAGAACUCCUACCCACAAGUCAACUGGUCAGAACUCCUACCCACAAGUCAACUGGUCAGAACUCCUACCCACAAGUCAACUGGUCAGAACCCCUAUCCACAAGUCAACUGGUCAGAACUCCUAUCCACAAGUCAACUGGUCAGAACUCCUAUCCACAAGUCAACUGGUCAGAACUCCUACCCACAAGUCAACUGGUCAGAACUCCUACCCACAAGUCAACUGGUCAGAACUCCUAUCCACAAGUCAACUGGUCAGAACUCCUAUCCACAAGUCAACUGGUCAGAACUCCUAUCCACAAGUCAACUGGUCAACUGGUCAGAACUCCUACCCACAAGUCAACUGGUCAGAACUCCUACCCACAAGUCAACUGGUCAGAACUCCUACCCACAAGUCAACUGGUCAGAACUCCUACCCACAAGUCAACUGGUCAGAACUCCUACCCACAAGUCAACUGGUCAGAACUCCUACCCACAAGUCAACUGGUCAGAACUCCUACCCACAAGUCAACUGGUCAGAACUCCUACCCACAAGUCAACUGGUCAGAACUCCUAUCCACAAGUCAACUGGUCAGAACUCCUAUCCACAAGUCAACUGGUCAGAACUCCUAUCCACAAGUCAACUGGUCAACUGGUCAGAACUCCUACCCACAAGUCAACUGGUCAGAACUCCUACCCACAAGUCAACUGGUCAGAACUCCUACCCACAAGUCAACUGGUCAGAACUCCUACCCACAAGUCAACUGGUCAGAACUCCUAUCCACAAGUCAACUGGUCAGAACUCCUACCCACAAGUCAACUGGUCAGAACUCCUACCCACAAGUCAACUGGUCAGAACUCCUACCCACAAGUCAACUGGUCAGAACUCCUACCCACAAGUCAACUGGUCAGAACUCCUAUCCACAAGUCAACUGGUCAGAACUCCUAUCCACAAGUCAACUGGUCAACUGGUCAGAACUCCUACCCACAAGUCAACUGGUCAGAACUCCUAUCCACAGGUCAACUGGUCAACUGGUCAGAACUCCUAUCCACAGGUCAACUGGUCAGAACUCCUAUCCACAAGUCAACUGGUCAGAACUCCUACCCAUAAGUCAUCUGGUCAGAACUCCUAUCCACAAGUCAACUAGUCAGAACCCCUAUCCACAGGUCAACUGGUCAACUGGUCAGAACUCCUAUCCACAAGUCAACUGGUCAGAACUCCUAUCCACAAGUCAACUGGUCAA